CUGCUACUGGAGGACAGGGCACGGCAGUGUUGCGAGGAAAAGCGAUCAUUUCUAAUUAUACGAGUUUUUAAUGUUUUUUCAUGUAUUUUCUGAUAAAGACGCACGAACCACCUAUGCUUAAACAUACUUGAUAUGUGUCGCCUAUCAUAAACAAUUGCCAUAAAGGCUACUUGUAGAACUUUAAAACGAUAUUUUACUCUGUAAGUAUUGAUGUGGUCCUGUUAAGUCCUCACAUGAUGAGCACACUACCUCCUGUGAAACAAGACCGAAUCAUCUGUGAACUCCCUUUGUACUUCACAAGAGAUGCUGCAGUGCACACUAAAGACGGCUUCAAUGUUACUGUUCGAGAGGCAUGUCAGGAACAGAAAGCAGGAUUGAAUGUAGCCAAGAUCAUAGUGAUUGGCGAUGUGGGAGUUGGAAAAACCUGUUUAAUUAACAGAUUUUGCAAAGACACAUUUGACAAGACGUACAAGGCAACCAUUGGAGUGGAUUUUGAGAUGGAGAGAUUUGAGGUCCUUGGAGUGCCCUUCAAUAUGCAAUUGUGGGACACAGCAGGCCAGGAAAGAUUUAGAUGCAUUGCAUCCACAUACUACAGAGGAGCUCAAGCCAUCAUCGUUGUGUUUGACCUGAGCAAUUACAACUCUUUGGAUAAUGCAAGAGAGUGGCUUGAAGAUGCCAUGAAAGAUAAUGAUCCUUCUAGUGUUCUUCUGUUUCUCGUUGGUACCAAGAAAGACCUCAGUCACCCAGAUCAGUUGGCCCAAAUGGAGCAGGAGGCCGUCAGGCUCUCAGAGGAGAUCAGAGCAGAGUAUUGGGCUGUGUCGGCUCUUUCAGGGGAAACUGUUAGAGACUUCUUUCUACGGGUUGCAUCACUUACAUUUGAGGCCACUGUAUUAUCUGAGCUGGAGAGGAACAAUUCUAGGCAAGCUUGUGGUAUUGUCAAAAUCUCAAAUGAUUGUGAUGAAGAUUUUAAAGGUUUUAAGAAGAGGAAUUCCAACUGCUGUCGUUGACUUUUCUAUUCAUAAAAGUGUGUUGACCCAACAUUGGGUCAGAAAGGGACAAAUCCAGCCAUUGGGUUAAAUUAAUGCAUACAUUUUUUAUAUUUUACCCAGCGAAGGGUUAACAACUCAGAUUUUUCAGUUGAAUUUUUCGUCCCUUUUUGACCCAACACUGGCUUGAAAAUUACCCAGCAUUUUUUAGAGCAUACAUACAAGUAUAUAAAUACAAAAAUGGCAUUUAUGUAUAAUUCGUAUCAUUUUGAUAUUCUGUAUAUUGCAUUAUUAUGAGCACAUAAAUACAAAAUAAUUCAGUUUGUUAAGAGCAGAAGGCAAUUAACAAGACCAAGUGAAAAUGUCUCACUUCCUGUUUGUCUAAAUCAGUACUUCGGAAUCAUGACUUCAUGAUAAUUUAAAGCUACAGUGAUAACUGUAUUUGCUGGUAAAGGGUUAGUUUAGCAUAAUACUUGUGCAGAGAUUUCAUUUUGUGCUACGUCUGUAUUGUAGUACUGACUUACUUAGUCAAAUUAAUAUUGGAUUAAAAUCAGUGGGACUGUUAUAAAUGCAGCUCUUGUCUUCAUUGCAUCAUGAGUUGCUCUAGUUAAUAUGCUACUUAUGCUAGCACCCAUGACCACGAGGUCUGUUGCUGUCCACAAAACAUGAGAUUCCCACUGUGAGAUAAAUGGAAGUAUUGUUAAAGACGUAAAUGGAAGAGAGAAGUACAAGCAGCAUCUUUCCAUGUAGCAUCCAAUUUUGUUCUCUCAAAAUUUGUUGUGAAGUAUUGCUUUAUGACUGAAUAAAGGCCACAAUAUAAUAAGUUGCUGUGAUGAUCCUGUUAAAUUUGAAAAUCUUUAGUCCACUAGUAACUUUGGAUGACAGAUGUGCAGAAUGCAUCAAGCAUAAUGAAUUCCCAUGUC